AUGCUCCAGCGAGCGCUGGGACACCUGGACCGGCUACACCGGACACCUGAUGGCAGGGCCCUCCUAGAACUGCUUCGCAGCCUACCAUCGUCACGGAUGGGAGGGCUCUGCCUUCUCUACGAGCAGAUGGUGACUCACCCACCAGUGGCGGUUCCCUCACCGCCACCACAUCACCGGCCACCGGAGGUCCACCUCUCCCUCGAUGGGGCUACAAAGCGUGGGACACCUGUGACCGCUCUGCAGCAGGCAGCAUCCUGCAAACUCCACGAACAACUGGAGGGUCGGCUGCAGGUGUUCACCGACGGAUCUGUGAUGCCGGAUGGAUACCGACGGUCCCAGGAGGUGUACCUGCCCUCCCACCUGCCGCUUUACUACUGUUCUGCGAUCGUCGUGUACAGCUACUACUUGCACGCAUCGUCCGGGACGAUCGUGUGGAAGUACCCAAAAGCCGCGAACUACAUGACCAGCCUGCGGACCUUGAAGACCAGCGGCCAGCUCCGUCACCGUCUGAACAACAUCACUGUGUACUUCACGGUCGGGGGAGAGCGCGAGGACAGCACCAACCUUUCGAUGGUCGCCGCAGACGAUACCCUUCGGAAGCGCUUCGCGACAUCUGCGUAUAAUGAGUCUGACGUCAGCAAAUUAUGGGAGGGGAUAAAUGUGGACUGGAACUAUCCGGGAGACCCGUGCAGCCACAACGUUUUCCGCCAGGACCUUUUCUUUCGGCUGCUAACGGCGCUUAACGGCACUGGUUUGCGCCUCAUCGUCAGCGUUCCACCGGUGAAGUCGCGGCUGAGUGCCUACAGCCUCGACAAAAUGGUCAGCUCAGUCGAUUACGUCAUCAUCAAGACGCACACGCACACGGCUUCCCCAUCACUGCUCAAUCUCGUCAGGUGCAGCGGCGACCAAGGAGUCGCGGCAGAUGUUUUCAACGCAGCGCUCAGUACGUUCAACAUGACCGACAAGGCGAAUCUGGGAUACAGCAUCUCGGUGGGUCCCGAGACGUUCAAGGCCCCGGUCGCCCAGCUGGGAGCUCCUGUCCUGGGCAUGAUUCGAUGGGACGCCAACACGCGUCAGCCCGGCCGGACGAGCUACGCCUCCGUGUGCAAAGAGAAGCCUGUUCUCGAGACGCCAUCGCACCCUCAGUGCCUCAUGGUAGCCCGCCCGAUUGACAGCCAAACUGUGCAGGUGGCGACGUUCGCUAACGAGAAGGCGCUGCAGCAGCGCAUGAACCGCACGUACGCGGACCAGAUGGCCAUGGCACCGGUGGCCGUGUUCGACAUCGACCUGGACGACUUCGCUGGAAAGUGCACCGGCGUCAUGUCUCCGCUCAUACGUGCCGUGGCCACGGGACCCGGCUGACCCGUCAGUGACGAUGGUCGGCGUGCAGGGAUUGAGUGACCAGGAAAUGGUCUCACUCCCUGCG